AUGCGUUCCUGGAAGUGGCUUGUCCCAACAAAAGCAGACCUGAAGAAGUUCUUCGCCUACAUACACCUCCUGUUCUCUCUGGAUUACACGAUGUUCGACGUAUUCCUCAUCGUCUGCGGAGUUCCAUUCCCACUACUUGGCAUUGUCUUUGGUGAUCUGAUCAACGACCUCAAUUCGACCACUUGCUCCACUUCGAGUAGUGCUUCAUCAGAACUCUCGUCCAGCGUGCGCACCAAGGUCCUAUAUGUUGUCUACAUUACCAUAGCGAACUUCUUCAUCAUCUACAUCUACACGUCAUGUUGGUGCUUGGUGAGUGAGCGUCUUGCACGCCGCUAUCGCAGGCGAUACUUUGAAAGUGUAAUCCGACAGGACAUGGACUUUAUCGAGUCCCUUCCCUCUGGUGAUGUAAUAUCCCGUCUGGUCAGCGAUAUCGAGACCGUGCAGAUGGGAUCUUCGGAGAAGGUAGGCCUAGUGAUCGCGACCGUGUCAUACUUUGUGACCUCGUAUAUCGUGGCUUUCAUCAAGGUGCCAAAGAUUGCCGGCAUUCUGAUAUCCGUGGUGCCUUGCUUCUUACUCAUGUCCCUGGUGGGCGGUCAUUUCAUCAAGAAAUAUGCGAGCCGCGUCACAGCCAAUAUCAAUGCAGCUACAUCCAUUGCCUCAUCCAGCUUGUCGCACUUGACCCUGGUUCACACCUUCAAUGCUAAUGACCGUCUGGAACAACGGUUCGCCACUUACCUCUCCAGAUCAUCCAUGGAUGCGCUCAAAAAAGCCGGGACACACGCCGCACAGCUUGGAUUCUUGUACUUUGUCGCCUAUUCAGCCAACGCCCUGGCCUUCUGGGAAGGUUCUCAGAUGAUUUCCGACUCAGUAGCUAGCAGCAACUCGGGCAUCUCUGUGGGUGCUGUGUACACUGUUAUCUUCGUGCUUAUCGAUGCGUCAUUCAUUUUGAGUCAAGUUGCGCCCUUCAUCCAUGUAUUCGCCUCUGCGGCCGGUGCCUCGGAGCGGCUCCUCGCCGUAAUCAAUCGCCAGUCCGCCAUUGACGGAACCGCAGAAGAAGGCGAUAAGACGGCGAGGUUCGGGGAAGAGAGCAUCGAAUUCCAUGAUGUCCACUUCUCGUACCCGGCUCGUCCGGAUGUUCCUGUUCUCCAGGGAAUGAGCUUUGUCAUUCCCCCAAAGAAGCAUACCGCCAUUGUCGGACCUUCUGGUGGUGGAAAGUCGACUGUUGUGUCUCUCUUGGAACGGUUUUAUGAUCCUAAAUCGGGAGAGGUUAUGAUUGGGGGAAAGAGUUUUCGUGAUCUCAAUGUUCGGCAUUUGCGAAGUAAUAUUGGUUUCGUCCAACAAGGACCGUCCCUGUUGGAUCGGACAAUCCUCGAAAACAUCGCGUACGGCCUGGUGUCCUCUUCUGCAGAGACACACCGGCGCUUAGCCCCGUUAAUUCUCGAUUCAAGCCUCCCGGACCUUACUGAAAAGAUAAGGGAAGGCAUGUCGGAGACGAAUGCUCUGACAGGCUUUGACAGUUGCGUGGCCGAGAUUGUACAACUGGUGAGGCAGGCGGCCGCCAGCGCCAAUGCCCUCAACUUCAUUGACGCCUUGCCCCAUGGAUUUGCAACCAACGUGGGAACGGCCGGAAAUCAGUUGAGUGGAGGCCAGAAACAACGAAUUGCGCUUGCCCGAGCUCUCGUGCGAGAGCCGUGCCUGCUCAUCCUCGAUGAAGCCACGGCUGCCUUGGAUUCCACCAGCGAACAGCUUAUUCAGGCUGCGCUGGCCAAAGUCUCCAAAAGGAUUACCACUGUUUCCAUUGCGCACCGACUAGCCACUGCCAAAGAUGCACAUAAGAUUGUCGUUGUUCAGGCGGGGCGCGUUACAGAGGAAGGCUCUCAUGCGGAGCUCGUAGCCCAGGGUGGUGUUUAUGCAGACAUGGUCCGGCUUCAGAACCUGGGCAACUUGAGUGUCGAAGACCUACAGACCCCCAAAGACAUGAUCCGCAAUGCACCAACAACGAGCAGUCUUCAUGAAAGUGUGCAGCCCACUGAUGAGAAGGAAGCCUUGGUAGGAAUCGGCGGGUCAGAUGUUACAGAUGAUACGAUGGUCGUUGAGAUGCCCCCGGCUUCCAAAGAUGGCACCGAUGGCAGCAAGAAGCAGAAGAAGAAACACAAACGUUCAACCUGGUUCACUAUUAAGUAUACCUUCUCGCUGAUACGGACUAACAUGCCGUUGAUUUCCCUUGGCCUCUGUAUGUCUGUUAUCAUUGGUGGCAGCUACUCAGCUGAAGCAAUCGUUUUUGGCCAUACAGUAGGCAGUUUAAGCCCAUGCAGACCUUCUGCUGCAAUCCGUGACAGCGGUGAUCUCUAUGGGUUGCUGUUCUUCAUCCUUGCCCUGGUUGAGCUCACGGCAAACGUGGUGGGCGGUUGCGCGUUUGGCUGGGCAGCCGAUAAAAUCUUGUACCGUAUCCGAGUGUUGUCUCUGCGGUCGUUGCUCAACCAAACCAUACAAUGGCAUGGCAUGGAGGAGCGAACUCCAGGAACUUUGAUCACCUAUAUCACCGGUGACGCCGCUUCGCUGAGUGGCAUUACCGGAUCCACCAUUGGCCUCCUCCUUGCUACUGCCGUAAACCUGGUGGCCGGCUUGGUGAUAUCAUUUGCCAUCGCAUGGAAGAUCACUAUCGUUCUGUUUCCGACAAUUCCUAUCUUGUUGGUGGCGGGCAUGAUGAAGCUCCGUGUCCAGGCCAAGUACGCCGAACGGCAUCAGAAGGCAUUUGCCCAGGCGACGGCCAUCACCGUCGAGGCCGUAGACAACAUCCGCGCCGUUGCCGCAUUCUCCCUCGAAAAGCAAUCCCAGGAAGUAUUUGGCAGAGCCCUGCGCCGUCCAUACCGGGAUACAAUGAAGGCCAUUGCACAUGGCAACGCCUGGCUGGCUUUGGCGUUCAGUAUCAGCAACCUGGUUUAUGCCCUUGCGUAUUGGUGGGGGUCGAGGCAGGUGGCAUCGGGGCUGUACUCUCAGACCCAAUUCUUCAUUGUUCUACCUGCCUUGCUAUUCAGUACGCAAUCUUGUGGUCAGAUGUUUGCUCUGGCGCCGGAUAUUUCCAAGGCCCGUCUCGCGUCGUCCAACAUUGUCGACCUGCUUACCACCCGCUCCGCGGAAGAGGAGCUGGCACCGGGUUCGAUGCAGAGCUUUCAGUUUCCGAGCAGCCUGCUCGAGGAAAAGGCCACCGUGCAAGAUGUGGAGGCUGCUGAGAAGCCGCACUGUACGACGCGGCGGACGAAUGACAACGGUAUUGGCGCUCAGCUCCGAGGGGUGCAUUUUACCUAUCCAAACCGGCCUGAACGCCCGAUCCUACGAGGACUUAACAUCGACAUCAAGCCCGGUCAGUUCUGUGCGCUAGUCGGACCUAGCGGAUCGGGCAAGUCGACGACCUUCGCUAUGCUGGAGCGGUUCUACCGACCCGCGUCGGGGUCGGUAAUUAUCGACGGAAUCGAUGUGACCCGGCAACUAGGCACCGAGUUCCGUGACGAUAUUGCGUUGGUGCCACAAGAGAACGUUCUAUUCGAAGGCACAGUUGCCUUCAACAUUGGCCUGGGUGCCUGUCCUGGCCAUGAAGCUAGACAGGAGGAGAUCGAAGAGGCGUGUCGUAUGGCUAACAUCCACGACGUGAUCAUGUCCCUGCCAGACGGGUACCAGACCAUGUGCAGCCACGACGGCAAGCAGUUCUCAGGCGGGCAGCGCCAGCGCCUUUCCAUUGCCCGGGCACUGGUGCGGAAGCCACGACUCCUCCUGCUGGACGAGUCGACGAGCGCACUGGAUGUGGAGUCGGAGAAGAAGAUCCAAGAAGCGCUGGCGACGCUAGCGGGCCGGACGACGAUUGUAGCGAUCGCGCAUCGGCUGAACACGAUCCACCGAGCGGAUCGGAUCUAUCUGAUUGAGGAGGGCCGUUGUGCAGAACAAGGGACGCACCAGGAGCUGAUCCAGCGCAGUGAGACGUAUCGGACAAGUACCUAACCAUGACGGGAGACUGAAACACGGGGAUCUCAGAAGAGAAAAGGAAAAAGAGCCCCUGGAUAAUCAGACGAUGGUCACCCAACUGAACGACAAGACCCCUCAUCCAUGCCGAG